CAGUUUAUCACCCCGUUUUUGUCAGUCAAUAACAUUCACAGAAAUUUGUGACUGUGGCUUUUCGCUGACCAAAUUUUGAUACAAUUAAAACAGUGUUCUAUCGUGUGAAAUAUCCAUAGAAAAAGUGCAUUGAUCCUGUGAAUGCACAGCUAGCAGAGUAUCGGAGUUUUGGUGAGAAAGAAUUGGUGUUUAAAAAAGUUCUCGGAGGAAGAGUCGUUCUGUUUGGCGAAAAUUGCAUCUAGGCAGACAGCAGAAAAAAAGGACCAGGGUCGGCCAUUUUGUCAGGUUGGACCGGCUGAACAUCAGAAUCAGAAGAAUUUGGAAGAAAAUCAACCGAAGUCAAAUCGGGAAAAAGGAACAAUAGCCGCAGCACAAAACCACUGGAACGGAUCCCCCGGGCCACUGUCCGAAAAACGGAAAACAAAGAUUAGCUGCCGGGGGCUGUUGAAGGAAGACAUGAUCGUUCAGUUCAAUUUGGAAUAGAUUGAAUUAUAAGCUAAUUACUACAAUGACUUACGACACUGGUGGACGGCCAGUCGAACCACCGGAGGAGCAAAACGACCCUACUCACAACGUUGAACAAAAUGAACCAAGUCCGGAAGAGUUGUUGGCCAGCUUCCCAGAGGACAAGCUAUCGUCGUUGACCAUCAAAAUAUCCAAUUCCCGUUGGGUAGUCCCAGUGUUGCCGAAUCAAGAGUUGGAAUGCCUUUUGAAUGCAGCAAUUCGUCUUUCUCAAGCAGGACUCGACGACAAAUGCGAACCAUGCAUGAAGUUUUAUCGCGAAGGCCUGACAACCUCGUUCAUCAAGAUCCUCACAGACGAAGCCGUUUCAUCGUGGAAGUACAACAUUCACCAUUGCAUUCUGAUGUCAUGUAGCAAGUUGCUGCACUUGAUAGCUCUACAUAUGAAGCAUGAUAAUCCUCACCUGUUGAGCCUUCUGGCCGUGGUGUUCGAUCCGGAGAACAAGUUUCACACUCAAAAUGCGUCCCGGCAGAUGGAGCUGUACCUUUCACUGGGUGAGUCCGAGGAACCGUUACAAGAAGGGAAAAUCUAUGCCAGACCUCCUCCAGAGCCAAAGAACCCCCGGGGUUGGUUAGUCGAUCUGAUCAACCGUUUUGGAGAAUGCAAGGGAUUUGACAACUUUUUAGAACGGAUGAACGUUGGCAUUGCACUGUUUCGCAAACAACGGGAAAUAGCCUCCAGCAAAAGCUUGGAUUCGUUUGAUGAAUCUGUUCGGAUGAAAAGUAGUGCCACCACUUCGUCCGCUUCAGCCAACACUAGUGCCGAUGAAUCCGGGAAGUUGUCCUUGCUCUUGCUGCACACUUUGCUACGUCCCUUUGGACAGUGUGGCGAGCUAUUGACGGUGUCCACCGUAGAGAAAUACUUCAUGCCCAUCUGGGACGUGAUACUGGAGAUCCUGGAAACGCUUUCCGAUGAUGAACUGAAACGAGAAGCUAAAUUUGAAGGAAAAAAUGAUAUUAUUACCGGUAUUGUCAAGUAUGCCCGUGCCUUGAUUAAUCGCGUUCCGAAUCAGGAGAACCUGCUGCGCGCCUUGGAAAUGUGCCGGCUUCGGAUUAUACUGCGUGUACUGCAGAUUUCUAGCUUCAACGGCAAAAUGAAUGCCCUUAACGAAAUCAACAAGGUGCUGGGUUUUGUCUCGUACUACCCGAACCGACAAAUGACGGAGGAUGAAGUCGAUGUACUGAAUGCCGAAAAAAUGGCGAAAUGGAUCCGCGACAACGAUGUACUGGGCAUUGUGCUUCGCGAUUCCCUACAUCAGCCCCAGUACGUCGAAAAGCUGGAGAAGAUCUUGCGGUUCCUCAUUAAGGAGAAAUCGCUCACUUUCGACGAUUUGGAUGCAGUUUGGCGCGCGCAGGCCGGUAAGCACGAAGCCAUUGUGAAAAAUGUCCACGAUCUCUUGGCAAAGCUGGCGUGGGAUUUCAACGCGGAACAGCUGGACCAUCUAUUCAAGUGCUUCCAAGCGAGCAUGAAGACGGCCAAUAAAAAGCAAAGGGAAAGGUUACUGGAACUGAAUCGUCGUCUCGCGGAAGAUGACAAAAACGGUGUCAUGGCGCAGAAAGUUUUAAAACUGUUCUGGACGUUAGCUCACAGUGCCGAUAUUCCGCCAGAGGUGCUGGAUCAAGCGUUAGCUUCCCAUGUGAAAAUUUUGGACUAUAGUUGCUCUCAGGAGAGGGAUGCUCAGAAGACUAUGUGGCUAGAUAAGUGUGUGGAGGAGCUGAAAGCCGGUGACGAAUGGGCGUUACCAGCGUUACGACUGAUACGGGAGAUUUGCACACUGUACGAAACGACUUCAAGUCAUACCCCGAGAGUGCAUCAAGUCCUAACCAGGCGGCAGGUUAUCGAUAGGCUACAAAACGAUCAUACGCUCGUGAUUCUAGUGACCACCAGUUUGACCAAGUACAUGGAUAAGGUACGAGCACAAGUCAAGCUUAACCCGUCGAUAAAUCCAAUGCAUCUGCUCCUGGACAAACGGUAUCCUCAUCCGCAACAGAUUCAGGAGAGGUUGGAAUUCCUGAAAUUCCUGCUUAAGGAUGGCCAACUGUGGCUUUGCGCCGAUCAGGCCAAACAAAUUUGGCAAUGUCUGGCGGUGAAUGCUGCGUUUCCAAGUGACCGCGAAGAGUGUUUCCGUUGGUUUGGGAAACUGAUGGGCGAUGAGCCGGACUUAGAUCCUGGAAUCAAUAAAGACUUUUUCGAAAACAACCUACUCAAGCUGGAUCCCGUGCUGCUGACCGAAAGUGGAAUCAAGUGCUUUGAGCGAUUCUUCAAGGCAGUCAAUUCCAAAGAGGAACGCCUAAAAGGCAAACAACGCGGCUACGUGCUCGAUAAUGAGGAUCUGAUUGGCAAGGACUAUCUGUGGCGGGUGAUUACGGAUGCCGACGAGGAAAUUGCCUGCAAGGCAAUCGAUCUGCUGAAGGAAGUUUCAACAGCCCUGGGGCCGAGACUACUGGCCAAUGUUUGCGAGUUCCACGAAAAUUUUAUCAGCGAAUGCUGUGAUAGGCUCCAAAGUUACUACGAUACUGUACAAAAUGAUAUAAUCGAUGAAAACGCUAAGAUAGCAGUAGACGAUAUUAUCUGUAGAAGACUGCAAACGGCAGAGAAGAUGUGCCGAGUGGUGCGUGCCCUUCUGGAAUACAUCAAAGAAUGUGAUAGAAACUAUACAGGGGAACGAAUGCUACUCCCGCUGAGCCGAGCCUCCCGAGGAAAGUACAUUAACUUGUCCAUUCGUUUUCAAAACCCGGGUCGGCAGCUGGAGGAUUUGAUGGUGGUUACACACAGCAAUGAAACGAUAUUUUCAUUCAAGCGUAAUCUGCUGAAAAAGAUCAAAGCCACCACCACCAACCUCAAAAUAGAUCUGUUCAACUGCAACGGAGAACUAAUUGAAAUACAUGACGAUCGAUAUCCUCUGUCCCAUUACAACAUUCGCGAUAAGUCGCUAAUAACCGUAAAACUCACGCCCAGUGGAUCUGGACUAGCAAGCUCUCCGGAUAGUUCCAGUGAUAGUAGUUCCGGUUCGCCACCUCGACCUUGCCCGGAUAUGUUGCGGUCAGAAUCUGAGGACAUGCUGCCCGGAGUAAUCAUUUCACAGAAAUCGUUAUAUGUAGAUUUUUUCCUCAAAAUCUACCAGCUGGGAAGUGACCUUCAACAUGAUUUGCUAAGAGAAUGCUGCGGUUUCCUGCUGCACCUGCUUCCGCUGGAUGUAUUGACAGUAACCAACAUCCAGUCUAUGUGUAAUUUCAAUUCCGAUGGAACCAACAAAACCAGUAUACCGACGCCGGAAUCACUCUUCAUUGAUCCCAGUCCAGCGCGAGUGUUGUACAAUCUGGAAGUGCUGCACGCUAUGCUACUGCCCGCCUUGGAUCCUGGAAGCGAUAUGACCCUUCAUCUGCAAUCGUCUUGGCUGCACUGCGGUGCUGCACACUUCAUUCUCGAUCUGCUGACAAAGAACAACUUUCUACCAACUGCCGACAUGCACACCAAACGUGCUGCCUUUCAUUGCGUGCUUAAGCUAGUCAAAUUCUUCCUCUACAUCGUGGGAUGUGUUCUGAGCACGGUUGGCAAAGAUCCUUUGAACUCCUACGCGGACGCCGAUAGAUCCCAAGUGGAAAUCCUGAAACAAGCCAUUCAAGCAAUUACCGGAAAUGCCGAACUAACCAUCAGAUCCAUGGCCCUGAAAUUGACCGAAAGUAUUGCCGAGCAAAUGCUGUCAGCCGACUUAGAAGGUGAUCGUUGUCGUAAUCUGUUCAAAUCGGCUGUCCAGUGGAGCCUGCCUGACAUGCCCACCAUCAAAGCAAUUAUCAAUUUGGCUUGGGCAGCGUCGGGUAACAAUCUGCAUUCAAUCGGAACGAUGGUAGAUUUCAGUAAAAACAUUAGCAUUCCGGAGAAAACCGAUUAUGCCGUUUGUAAGGAAGCGCUGGAGGUACUCUGCAUUUCACUGGUGCUCCAUUAUGGGGCGUACGAGACGCUUAGCCGGGACAAUGCUUGGUCAAGUUUCAUCAUGUCGUUGGUGCUUAUGAAUCCAUCGCGCCACAUUCGUCAAACCGCGUACGAGCAGCUGUUCCUCAUCAGUACUUAUUGCGCCUCCGAUCGGCGGCCAUUUCUGUUUAUGGUCAAAUUGCUGGUCAAACUCCUUCACACGAUCAUCCCGCAGCAUCAGGAAACUUGUGCCGACUACUUUCAACUGUUUUGUCGCAUUUUGAACUAUGGGUGUUCCUACAGCUGGCCUCUGCCCAACUGCGAAGAACUGCUUGUGCAGGAGAUCAACUGGUUGCGAUCGAUUAGGGACAGUGUUAAAACCACCGGCGGCAUCCAGGUUCACGACGAUCUACUGGAAGGCCAUCUGUGUCUGACGAAGGAGCUAAUGUGCUAUCUGAGUCCGGAGGUUAAAGCCCAGCGCAGUGACUUGAUAACGGAAAUCACGGAUGACUAUCUCUUCAGUGCUUCCCGGCAGUAUCUCCAUUUGCGCCGCAACGAUCAGAUAUUGGAAACGCAAGCUCCUCCGCCGGUGUGUCGCAAUCCGCAUACGAUAUCUGCAGCUUGUGACCUGCUGGUUGCCUUAUGCCAAAACACCGUGGACAACAUGAAGAUAUUGGUCAAGACAUUACUGGAUAUGUUUUGCGUUGACAUUGAGCCGUUGCGGGAAUGGGAAUAUUUGCCACCGGUGGGACCUCGACCCCCGCAAGGAUUCUGCGGCCUGAAGAAUGCUGGUGCUACCUGCUACAUGAACUCGGUUCUGCAGCAGCUCUUUAUGGUGCCAUCACUGCGAAUCGGAAUACUGCAAGCGCAGGGAGCUGCAGUCGAUCCCAAUGAGGACUUUAGCGGGGAAUUAGAUUCUCAUCCUAUUCAAGAAUGUGAUGAUUCGGUUAGGAAAAAUUACCAUGUUGGAAUACUGAAGUACGUUCAAGCCAUUUUCGCUCAUUUGGGCCAUAGCGCUCUGCAGUACUAUACACCGCGUGGUCUGUGGAGCCAUUUCAAAUUGCAAGGCGAACCGGUCAACUUACGGGAACAGCAGGAUGCCGUUGAGUUUUUUAUGUCCCUGUUCGAAAGUCUGGAUGAAGGUCUCAAAGCAUUAGGCUAUCCUCAACUGAUGGGUGCUACACUUGGAGGAUGUUUCAGUGAUCAGAAAAUUUGUCAAGAUUGUCCGCAUCGUUAUAGCAAAGAGGAACCGUUCAGUGUUUUCAGUGUAGAUAUUAGGAAUCAUAGUUCGUUAACCGACUCCUUGGAGCAAUAUGUCAAGGGAGAAAUUUUGGAAGGCGCUGAUGCUUACCAUUGUGAUAAAUGUGAUAAAAAGGUGGUAACCGUCAAACGGUUGUGUGUGCGGAAGCUACCGCCUGUUCUAGCUAUUCAACUUAAGCGUUUUGAGUAUGACUACGAGAGAGUGUGCGCGAUCAAAUUCAACGAUUAUUUUGAAUUCCCGCGUAGGUUAGAUAUGGGACCAUAUACAGUAUCUGGUCUUGCAAAAAUUGAAGGAGAAGUGAUAGACGUUGAUGAUGAGAAAUCCGAGGAAUCUACUGAAACACGUUACCAGCUCACAGGAAUCGUUGUGCACAGUGGACAAGCAUCGGGUGGUCAUUAUUUCAGCUACAUCCUCCACAAAGCACCAGACGGUACUGAGAAGUGGUACAAAUUCGACGACGGUGAAGUCACAGAGUGCAAAAUGAACGAAGAUGAAGAAAUGAAGGCACAGUGCUUCGGAGGUGACUACAUGGGCGAAGUGUAUGAUAAUAAUUUGAAGAGGAUGCAGUACAGGCGUCAGAAACGAUGGUGGAAUGCGUACAUGCUGUUUUAUACCCGUAACGAUCAUACACCCAUUACGUACACAAAUUGCGUGGAGCAGCUGUCGCUGGCGGAGAGUAAAUAUUGCAUACUGCCGAUGCCAGCACCCAUCGAACGAAGUGUUAGGACACAGAACAUUCGAUUCCUACAUGCGAAAAGUUUAUUUGCAGUGGAAUUUUUUGCAUUCAUCAAAAAGUUAGUUAGCUUACCACAAAUUCAAAGGUGCGAAAAAAUAGAAAAACUGCCACCAGCUGCAGAGGAACUAUCUCUGCUUAGCAUGCAACUUGCUUCUCAAUUCUUGUUCCACUCAGGAUUUCGGACGAAGAAAACUAUACGGGGUGUGGCGAUUGACUGGUAUGAGACACUGUGUCAGCAUAUUCGAAACUCGGCGGCAGUUCGACAGUGGUUUGCCGCCAAAGUUCUUUUAAAUCCUCCAACACGACUGAGCGAGUACAUCUUAGUGGCACCUUCCCCAGAAAUCCGAUCGGUGUUUGGCAAACUAGUCGUAUUUUUCUGCCAUUGCGCCGCCAGUGAUGAUCCGCUACCUGGGUAUGAUGGAAGUAACUUAUGUGAACAGGUGCUGAUCGCCGUGCUAUCGUUACUGAAGGGAGAGGUCGCUGACAAUGGAAAACAUCUUCCGCAAUACUUCAAUCUUUUUAGUUUGUAUGCCGGCUUAGGGCUUCACGAGAAACAACAGUUGAUAAAGCUUAACGUUCCUGCCAUCUUUAUGAAAGUAGCACUAGACGAAGGUCCUGGACCUCACAUAAAGUAUCAGUAUCCAGAUCUGAGCAAAUUGCACCACGUGGUAUCGCAUUUAAUUCGCUCCUGUGACAUUUCGAGCCACUGUUCCAGUUCUAACAAUAACGCGCCAGUGAAACCAAAUAUCUACAUCGAUCCGCACAUGACUUAUGAAAUGUUGAUGCCACUUUCUCCGGAGUGCAACGAUUACCUCUUCAUUAAAGUAAGUUACGUCAAGCGAUUAAUAGAAGAUACAAACAUUGGCGAAGAAGGAGUGAAACUGUUACAGUAUUGUAGUUGGGAAAAUCCGCUCUUUUCCCGAAAUUUGCUCGCAGAACUGUUAUGGCACUGCGGGUAUGCCUAUUGGCAUAAUAUGAAGCACAACACGGAACUGCUUUUACAAUUGUUGCUGAUAGAAGACUCCUGGCAGCACCACCGGAUACACAAUGCACUAAUUGGCAUUGCAGAUGAUAGAGAAGGUUUACUAGAUAUUAUUCAGAGGAAUAAAAUGGACUACCAAAAACGCGCCUACCAGUGUAUCAAAUGCUUAGUGCAGCUGUUUACCCAAAGUCGUGUGGCACUGAACAUGUUGCACACCAUGGUAGAUCUGGCCCGCCAGUGGACACAUGCCAUCGAAUGGCUGCAGGACGAACUUGACAGGCACCGAGGAACAGGUGGACAGUACAAUUACAACUCCUGGUCACCACCGGCGCAAAGCAACGACAACACGAACAGCUUUGUGCUGGAAAGAUCUCAGUCUGCCAAAAACGUCCUGCAAAUGGCAUUUCAGCUUUGUCCAGAAGAGGAUCAAGAGGAACCAAAUGAAAAUGAGAUUGAAAACAACGUUGAACAUAACCAUGUGGCAUCGCCAGUGACCACAACAGCCAUAACUGAAACAACGAAACAAGCUUGUCUGCAAAAGCAACAGCCAGCAUUGCUGUUAUCGUCGUACGAGGGAAACCUGAAUUCUAGUCCGUCUCCUAUUACUAACGUCAGUAAACUAAUGUCUAAAGUUAAUAUUCAUUCGGAUGUGGGAUAUGAGUCAUCGACAACAUCGCCAGAACUCAAAGCGACAGCUCAAAAUGUGAAUUCAACGAGUAAAUCUCACCCGGCGUCCGUUGCUGAUGAUGAAUCUGUAGUGAUUUCAUCCGAGAAAAAUACAACUGAGUGUAGCAAUCCAACUCGAAAUACAUCUUCUCCCGCUUCUCCAAUAACCGGCACAACAUCCAAUAGCUCGUUAACUUCUAGCAUGGAACAGCAGACCUAGGAUUUACUCAAAUCUGAAUUAUGUUUCUAUGUUCAUAUAACGAUUGAUCGCGUCAUAUUACUUACGUUCAGAAAGCCGAAAUAUGAGAUCAAGAAAAACUGUGUAUAAAUAAUAUUAUUUAUAUAAAUUAUUUAAAUUCAAAACCAAAAAAUACAAUAAUACUGUAAUACAAA